AUGAUAUCUCCACGCUCCAUCUCUUUUUUAGUCUCGGCAGUCUUGGGACUGGUCUUGGCAAUCCCUUCUAACACUUGUAUUGUGAUGGGUAAUCUGGACAUCAUCAGAAAGAAAGGGAAGUUGAGUCCCUCCGAUGUGAUCUUUCUGGGGAAGGGAAUUGUGAAUAUUCUCCUCCAGUGUGUGAUGAGUCUACAGGCAAUACUCUACGUCUUUUCUCCAUUCUUAAACAUUAAACAAGCAGGAAUGUUUGUGAGCAUAUCAACUCACUGCCUAGUCUAUUACAGCUUCUGGUUGACCUUCUGGCUCUCGGCUCAUUACUGUACCAGCAUCACCAAUCUCAGCUAUGGGUUCUUCAUCUGGAUAAAGAGAAUUCUGUCCAAUUUCCUGAGUCACCUUCUAUUCCUGACAGCACUUGGGGUGUUCAUUAUGAGUGUCCCGGGCAUCUUGGCUUUGAAUGCAGAAAGUCACCUCCAGUCUUCUGAGAACAGCACAGGAAUCUCUGGUACCAAGUUCUGUUUCAGUCUUUCCUAUUUGGUGCCUGUGACCAUCUUAGGCAUCAUUCUUCCAUUCUGCCUUAGUCUUCUGUGUCUGGUCCUCACUUCCUCCUUUCUGCUCAGACACGUCUGGAGGGUGAAGAAUAACGACUCGGGAUCAACACGUCCAACUCUUCAGGCUCAUGUCACGGCCCUGAGGACAAUCUUCUUCUUACUUCUGAUUUUCUCAAUCUUCUGCAUGUCUCAGGUUCUUCUCUUUCUUGAAAAAUCUACACAGCUCACAGAGUUAUUACCUGCCGUCAGUUGGAACUUACAAUUAUUAUCUCCAUCGGUGGAGGCCGCCAUCAUCUUCCAGGCCAGCAACAAGCUGAGAAGGAUCAUUCUGAGAAGAUUCUGGACCAGAAGCCGAAGGAACACAGAGACUUAA